AUGAAUACACAGCCAAAGCGUCAAAUAGCACUUCUCAUGUGGUCCACCCAUCUAGUGCUUCUUUUGUUUUUGCCAAUCAUGACGAGUGUCAAUGGCUCCAGCGUUCAAGAGGCCUUCGCGCUCAUGACGACGUUGUUGGUGCCGAGUGUGCCCAUGCGAUACCUAGAAAUGUGUGGAAAGAUGCUGCAACGACGACAGAUGGAAGAUAUUUUUCAAGAGCGUGCCGCUGCCAAGCUCUGCGCUUUUCCAGCCUGCGAGAACCUCCUGUCGAAGACUUCUGGAAAAUUUCGAGUCUCUUUAGCUCGCAAAGCAAUCUACGAUGCUCAAUACGAGCGCCAAUUUUGCUCACCUCGUUGUCUAGAGCAAGCUCGUUUAUUGUUGUCGAAAUUGGUUCACAAACCUCCACAAUUGGUGCCGUCUCUUGUAGAAGUUUUCGGAACGGAUAAACCCAAUCCAUUUGACUACAACGAUGAUAAGAAGCAGGUGAAAGAUGAUGCGAAAAUAGCAACUCACAAGUCAAAGCCGCUGCCAAUGGCUAAGACUGUGUGGGCAAAGACACAAGAUUUGGGAGUUGUGGAGCGAUAUCACUUACCUGCGAACGCAAUGUCCAUGGGCGUUUCGCCAGCACUGGAGGCUACAACCCCGAUAAAGCUAAUUGAAAAUGAAUCUCCUGCAGCUCCGGAGAGAAACUUUCCAAAGGCUGACCAGGCAAGUGUCAUUGAAGGCUAUAUCUUUCCGGCACACAAGGAGAGACUUGCCAAGAAAUUGGAGAUGUUUGUCAAGAAAAGUCAAGAAAAUAACAGCGAAAUUGAGUUAGAGUUAAGCGAUAGUGAUAAAAGUGAUGCGGCCGUUAGUGAGGCUUCAUCGGCAAGUAGCUCCGAAAUCUCGGACUUUGACGACAAUGAAGUGGUCAAGCUGGAAAAUUUGCCAUUGUUUAGUCACCUUUGGGGAUUAAUCUCGAAUUGGGUCACCCACAAUACAAAUUUGGUAGUGGCUCGACUGCCACUACUCACACAAGAAGAUGAAAAUUAUGACGUGUACUUAUCACGUAAUGAAAUGACGAAGAGCGAAGUCGAUGCUGCCCUUCGUCGAGCGCGACAAAUCCACACUGAGCGUUGGAACUCACUCUCGCUCAUGUUGCGACGAUCAUUGCCACAAGUUGCGCUGAAAGUAAAACUGGAUCUAGAGCGCUUUGCAAAUCACCGGAUAGAUAUGAUCACAAAGACCUUCGCACUUCGUGAUGCCAUUGACACCCGAAAGACGCAUUUGUGGACUUGUCUUGCGACUAUUUUGCUGCUUGUGACGUACGACAUAAAGCCGAAGGAUCUCCACAAAGGGGAGCGCAGCAAACAAAUCGUUUCGUUGACAAAACUGGACACGAUGGAGCUUGCACAGCUGCUCCAGCUUUUUUACUCCGUACGCAAGGAGAGCGACGUAGUUGCCGAUGAUGAUAUACCUCCAAACCCUGAAAACAAGUUGGAUGUCCAGGAAAAUAUGCAGACAAAAAUAGUUGCCGACAACUUACCGCCUAUCUGUCGCAGAUGCCGUCGUCUAAAGGCCAAGUGUAUCUGCCAAUUUCGUGUGACGACUCAAACUAAUGAAGAGUUCUCACCUGAUCAGGUAGGAGAAAUGCUACGUGAGGCACUUAUUUUGCGCGAAGAACAUGUAGAGUUACUGCAGUCUGACAAGUAA